AUGCCAGCCAACGGACAAAGCCGCCGCAAGACUGUCGAUGCCGCGGUCCAAUCCAUAAUAAAAAACGACAGAGAAGAGUCCAAAACCACGAUCAUCCGCCAAAUUAGAGAGAAAACCAUCCUCUAUUCACACCCAAUUUCCACGACGACUGGCGAAGCGACAUCGGGCUUAGCCGUAAUCGAAAUCGUUCAAAAGGCUAUCAGUGAGGGUUAUUUCGGGGACAAUAAGCUCAUUCAAGUUCGAGGGACCCCUCACAACACUACGCGAAAUCUGCCCAAACCCUCGCCCCGUAUGACUUCCACUCCCCGAGCACGCAAAAAGGCAGCAAGAUCCAGUCGACGUCCAGAUCCUUAUGGAUUGCACUUGACCAUCUCGUUGGAUCCGGGGCUGAGACGUUCGAAGACCACUGCGCAUUUAUAUAUCGCCCCGAUGGCCGGCGCCCCUUCGACAAGCUAUGGUAUUCGGGGGAUAACCGUGGAAAGAUCUGGGAAACGCAUUCUGGACACGAUGGCGCCAAAGCCUCUUGAAGAUGUACUUGAAGAAGUCCUCGACAAAGAGCCAGCUGGGAGCCACAGAACAACAAAAGGUGGAGAGUAG